AUGGUCGGCAUUUCCACGGGUGCUCUCUGCGGCCUGGCUCCCUCGUCGUCGAUGCUGCUAGGAAGUGGAGGGAAGAAGGUGUUGAGUAGCUCCUCCGCUUGUUCUUCAAAGUCGCUCGUAGUUGUCCCGUCCGUUCUGCGAAAUGUUGUCGUUGUCUGCCAGGAAGUCAUCCCAGUGCUUUCUCUUCUGAUGUCGAAUGGCAUCAUGGUACUGCUUCGACGCUCCUUUUGCCAUCUCUUCUAG